AUGUCGGAUUGGUUAAACGAAAAUGCGUUUAACGAUAACAAUAAUAAUGAUGAUUUUUUAAACUCUAUUUUUGAUCAAAAUCAAGGCGAACAGCCUAUGUCUGCACCACCUCCUCCACCACCUCCUCCACCACCGCAGCAGCAACAACAACAACAACAACAACAACAACAACAACAUACGCCAGUCUCGGUACCACCUCCCCCACAGCCAGUUCCAACUCCUACUAUGCAGCAGCAACAACAACAAAUGUAUCAACAGUCUGUACCUAUGAAUUCAAAUACUCAACAGAUGCAAGGACAACAACGUCCUCCUCAACAACUUAAGCAAGAACAAUUGUUCCGUAUGAAACAACAAUUGUAUCAACAGCAAAUCCAACAGCAAAUGCUCAAAAAACAACAAGAAAACUUAUCAAACCACGCUUCACCAAUGAAUCCACUGGUUCCAACUCCACAACAGAACACUCCUAUUAUUCAAAAUGCCAAACAACCACAUCCACAGGCACAAGCACAACACAACAACGCUAAGUUACAGUCGAUGCAAAUAGAGUUGUUCUUAUCUGUGUUGUAUGAUUUCUUGCAACGUAGUGGUGUUCAAAUUCAACAACCAUUAUCUGUCAAUGGCAAACGAAUCAAUUUAUUUGUCAUUUAUGUAUUAAGUCAGAAAAUGGGUGGACACAGAAUGAUGAAGGCAUUUCUUCUGAUGUCGCCAGAGCAACAGCGUAUGCAACAACAAAAUCCAUGGACCUUGAUGGCAUUAAAAAUGGGAUUCUAUGAAGGUGUUGAGGAUCAGAUGACCAAGGAAAGAAUCGAUAGGGAAAUUUGCAACUGUUACACAAACUUCAUUUUACCAUACGAAGAGUAUUAUGCUACUCCUGGUGGAAGCAAGGACAUCGAGGCUAGUAAACAUAGAUUCCAGCAACAAAUUGUUCAAAAAUAUCUGUCGAAUGCCCCUACUCCAGCGCCAAUGCAACAAAGUCCGAUGAUGAGUAGCGCACCUACUCCACACCAACAAAGAAAGCUUUCUCGAGCCAGUAACUCUGUCCAUAAUUCUCCGAAUGUUAAUUCUCCAUACCAAACCACCCCACGUCAAUCUCAAGCUCCGGUACCAGUAAACGUACCUGCACCAGCUUCAGCACAGACACCAGUUCCAGUUCCAGUUCCAGCACCAACUCAAAAUUCGGUACCCCCAUCAGCCCCGCCGCAACCUGUUGUUCCUGUUGCGCCUCCAGUAAAAAAAGAAGUAUCAAAAGAAGAAGCUCAAAUCUUGAAGAACUAUUCACCGUUCAAAAAGAUUGUUGACACUCACGGUCCGUACAACAUUAGAGAGUUGUCACAGUUGGCAAGCGAAAUCGAGGUAACCAAACCGGUAUACUUAUUUGCUCCUGAAUUGGGUAUUAUAAAUCUCCAAGCAUUGACCAUGUCGAUUAAAAGCAACAAUGGUAUUCAGAGUGCUGAAGUAGUCAAUGCUCUUAAUACGUUGUUAGUGGCAACUUCUGACGCUACUUACUCAUUUCAAAUCAAAGAUUGUAUGGAACUUUUAGAUGGAUUGUCAGUUUUGGGUAAAGACACUUUAAAUAAAAUUAUGGGAGUGAGAAAAGAAGACGAGAUUGCAAUUCCAGAUGUCACCAAGUUGUCUAGCAAUGGUCGUAUUGAUGAUGUGUUUUCCCGCUACGUGAAGGGACAGGGUGAGGAUAUUCUGUAUGUUGUAAAUUCCCUUACUGGUGAGGUGGUUUCUGACGAAGAAGACGAUAUGGAUGAAAUCUUUUCCAUUGUACAAGAUUCAGUUCAGAAUGGUGAUUCACCAAUGGAAGUUGAUGAAGAUACAGAAAGGGAUGUUACCAGCUUUCAUUUAGAUGACUAUCUUACUGCAUUGCAAAAUUUCAAACUGGAAAACAAGCAUCACUUCAGCAAAAUUCAAACUAGAAGUGCCAUGGAUGAUCAAAUUAUGCUAGUGGACCAAUUGGUAACGAUCACGAUGAUUUUGAGAAAUAUUUCAUUCGCUGAAUACAAUAAGGAGUUAUUAGCUGGUAAUCGACUCUUUAAGGACUUAUUAUUCUCCAUUGUUAAGAACAUUGGCUUAGAUAACGAUAAGUUUGUUUACAGCCGUAAAAGAUUAUGUUUGUUGAAAGACUGUCUUUUAAUGUUGGAUAAUAUUGCCUUAUACACGCAUUUGCACACUUUGGAAGAAGCGUUCUUGUCUUUUGUGUUGGUUGCAUCAUUCGGUCCAAAGAUUGAGGACAACUACAAGAUUCCACGUUGUAACCUUGAUGCUCAUUCCUAUUUUUCCUUUGGAAUUGAUGCAUUCACUAAAUUGAUGGUUAGGGAGCCGUACAACAGAUCUUUGAUCCAAGCUGUGCUCAAUGGUACAUUGAAUGCAAGCUUAACGGGAUAUUUGGUGAGCUUGCAGGAUCAGGAAUAUACCAGAAAGUUGAUCAAAGCCUACGCACCAGAUUACAAAUCUGCCACGCUUUUAACCCAUGCUUUCCAAAUGUAUAUGAGCAUAUUACCAUUUGAUGGCAAUACUUUUGAGUUGUCAAAGUUUAUAUUCACCAGAAGUCCUACAAUCUCCCAGAUGUUAUUUGGAGCCAAAUUAUUAAUCGACAUGGCCCCAGUUGAUGAUUUAAAUACUCAUCACAACAAGUUGUCGCUUUAUUGGUUAUUGGAGAACAGAGAAGUUAUACUCGGAAAUUUCGCUAGAAGUAUUGUUGCUUUAUCUACAGAAACCGGGAAGUUUCCACGUGACUCGCCUGAACACAAGAUUUUGUCGCUGGUGUUAAGACGUGCUUUAGUUGUUAUCAACUCGUUGGUUAAUCAUGCUAUAUUGGCUAAGGAUAUUGAAUAUCAACGAGAUACGGAUUUAAUGGAUAAAUUAACUGACUGUUUGGCUUUCCCAAGGAUAAUCCCAGAUUCCAUUCUAACUUUGGACACAUUUUUGGCACCUACAAUUGAUACCAGUUUAGGUAAAGAAGUUGUAAGGUUGCUUAGAUAUUUGAAAGAUUUGAAGGCUUGUGAGGGAAUAUAA